AUGGUCGUGCCUUCCCACUGCGAUGAAGCUGCUCCUGUUGUUAUAAUUGCGUUUACAAGGCCAUCCAUCUUCUUCGUUUUCCUCCCCAAGAUCGUUUCGAUAGUUACGAUCUUUUCACACACCACAAUUUCCCAAGUUAAGUACCACCAAUCCACCAUGCUAGACCCUGUGACUGAUCACCUUAUCGGCGCCGGCAUCUCUCUGCUUUCUCUUUUUGUGAAGGACUGGUUACAAAAAGUGCCUUUCGUCAAGUACCUGUGGCCUCGCGCUUGGGAGGAGAGGAAGAAGCGCAAGCGUACUGACGUUAGCUCGGAUGUCGUGGGGCCUCCGCAGACUGAUAUUGCGCCUCUUCAGAAGGGAAUUUCAGAAGUUCUGACCCUGAUCGGCGGUCUCCAGUCCGGCCCUCGUGAAGGGGGUAAGGAGCUUCUGAACCUGACGAAGAUGGUGCAAGAUCAGCAGGAGAGGCUCUGUGCGCUUGAGGCUGCCCGGCGGCGAGAUGACCAGCGUCUUUCUGAGCUGGAACGGGCCCACGGGCUCGAGAAGGCGAAGGAAGACGCACGGUCUGCUCGUCGUGAACGGGACCUCUUGCGUGACAGAGUGACCCGCGCCUUCAGCUGA